AUGGCGACAACCUGGUUUCUGAUGCUUCUGACCCUGGGCCUGGGCUUGGCCACAACCAGCCUGGUCCCCACAUCCAAGCCCAUCACAACCAAAAGGGGCUGUUACAUUCACAGAUUCCGAUCUCUGCCUCCGAGGGAGCUGGAGGCAUUCAAGAAAGCCAAGGAUGCUUUGGAAGAACGGCUCAUGCGGAACAGAUGGAACUGUAACACCUCCCUCUUCCCCAAGGACUGGAACCUGAGGCUGCUACAGGUAUGGGAGCGCCCCGUGGCCUUGGAAGCAGAGCUGACUUUGGUCCUGAAGGUACUGGAGAACCUGACUGAGUCCCCCCUAGGGCCCGUACUGGACCAGCCUCUGAGCACCCUGAGCCAGAUUCACUCCCAGCUGCAGGCCUGUCUCCCUGCUCAGCCCAAAGCAGGCAUCAGGCCCCGGGGACGCCUCCACCACUGGCUGCACAGGCUCCAGGAGGCUCCAAAGAAGGAGACCGCAGACUGUAUCCUGGCCUCGGUUACAUUCCACCUCUUCCACCUCCUGUUACAGGACCUGAAAUGUGUCGCAUCUGGGGACCAGUGUGUCUUGAGACCCCGACCCUGA